GUGCCCGCCUCCGUGUCGUCCGGGGCGGGGCGGCCGGGCUGCGGGAGCCGCGGAGGGUCGGGGCGCGCAGUCCCGGACGCGGGAUGCUUGGCGUUGCCCCGCGGCCGCUGAGGCGCCCGCCGCAGCCCCCGUCCCCCGCCAGAGGUGUUUGUGAAAAAAAAUCAUCACAAUUUAGAUGUGAGAAGGGACAUGAGGAGACCAAAGUCCUGGGAUUUUACUGAUCAGAAUGAAACCAAUGUUGAAAGACUUUUCAAAUCUGUUGUUGGUGGUGCUCUGUGACUAUGUCCUUGGAGAAGCUGAGUAUCUCCUCUUGAGAGCACCGGACCAUGUAGCACUCAGCAACAGCACAGUGUCGGUGGAUUUCCAGUAUCUUGAUAAUGUUAAUGGGACUCUGAGGAAUGUGUCUGUCCUGCUGUGGGAGGCCAACACCAAUCAGACUCUGACCACCAAGUAUCUCCUAACCAACCAGUCCCAGGGAACAUUCCAGUUUGAGUGCUUCUACUUCAAGAAGGCUGGAGACUACUGGUUUAUGAUGAGUCCUGAAGUGGCAGACAAUGGCACUCAAGUCCCCUGGAGGGAGAAAAGUGCCUCUUUGAAGGUGGAAUGGCCCACCUUUCACAUUGAUUUGAAUAGAACAGCCAAGGCAUCAGAAGGCACCUUUCAAGUGGGCCUCUUUACCAAUCAACCACUCUGCCUGUUUCCUGUGGACAAACCUGACAUGCUGGUGGAUGUUACCUUCACUAACAGUCUUCCUGAGGCAAGACCAAGUCUGGGGCAGCCACUGGAGAUCAGAGCCAGCAAAAAGACAGAGCUCACUCAAGGCCAGUGGGUUGAGUUUGGCUGUGCACCUGUGGGGCCAGAAGCUUAUGUCACUGUGGUGCUGAAGCUGUUUGGCCAAGACUCAGUCAUUACUUCCACAGGACCCAUUGACCUGACCCAGAAAUUUGGAUACAAAUUGAUGAUGGCACCAGAACUCACAUGUGACUCUGUAGUGGAGGUGAUGGUGCUGCCUCCUCCUUGUGUUUUCGUCCAAGGAGUAGUUGCUGUUUACAAAGAGCCCCCCAGACACCAGGGGGAGAGGACUACUCAGCUGGCUGAAAACAGCCUGCCCCUGGGAGAGAGGAAAACAGUGUUUAACUGCACUUUAUUUGACAUGGGGAAGAAUAAAUAUUGCUUUAACUUUGAAGUUUCCAGGAGAAGCCAUUUUUUGGCAAAGGAGAAGGAGUGCACGCUAAUUCAGAGAAAUAUAGAAACUUGGGGACCGUGGCAGCCAUGGAGCCAGUGUAGCGCCACAUGUGGGGAUGGUGUCAGAGAGCGUCACCGUGUGUGUCUCACUUCCUUCCCCUCUAGACCUGGCUGCCCUGGAAUGUCCUCAGAGACCUCUUUGUGCUCCCUGGAGGACUGUGCUGUUUUCAGGCCUUUAGGCCCCUCACCUCUUCCGCCCCAGGGUCCAGUGAAGUCCAACAAUAUCGUGACUGUCUCGGGGAUAUCUCUGUGCUUGUUCAUUAUCGUCGCUACAGUGCUCAUCACUCUCUGGAGGAGGUUCGGCAGGUCCCCCAAAUGUAGCACUCCUGCUCGACACAACUCCAUCCACUCUCCUGGCUUCCGGAAGAACUCGGAUGAGGAGAACAUCUGCGAACUGAGCGAGCAGCGGGGGAGCUUCUCCGAUGACGGGCCAGGGGGAAGUCCAGGAGACACGGGCAUCCCUCUGACCUACAGGCGCAGCACGCCAGUGACUCCAGAGGACGAGGCCUCUGGGAGUGAGAGCUUUCAGUCCACCGCCCAAAAGAUCAUCCCACCCCUGUUCAGCUACCGCCUAGCCCAGCAGCAGCUAAAGGAGAUGAAGAAGAAAGGGCUGACCGAGACCACCAAGGUAUACCACGUGUCUCAGAGUCCGCUGACCGACACUGCAGUGGAUGCUGCUGCCAGCGCCCCCUUGGACCUGGAAAGCCCGGAAGAAGCAGCAGCAAGCAAGUUCCGGAUCAAGUCUCCUUUUCUGGACCAGCCGGUGGCGAGUGCAGGGGACCGGCCCCCCUCCAGGCUGGAUUUCAGCGUGCCCCAGGCCAGCUGUGCCAUCAGCCCCAGUCAGACCCUGAUCCGGAAGUCACAGAUGAGGCAGACUGGCGGGAGAGGGGGCUCGUCCGAGAGAUGCCACUCCAGAAGUUCCCACUUCAGGAGGACGGCCAGUUUCCACGAAACCAAGCAGUCCCGGCCUUUCCGGGAGAGGAGCAUGUCCACUCUGACCCCGCGCCAGGCUCCCACCUACGCUUCCAGGAUGCGAACCUGGGACCAGGACGACAGGUGUAGGCCUCCUAGUCGGGGUGCGCAUCUGCUUCCGGAGAAACCAGAGUCUUUCCAAGGGGCAGGUCGGACCGGCGGUCCCUUGAGCCCUCUCCCCAAAUCCUACCCUGUAGGACAGCCCCCGAGGAAGCCAGACCUGGGGGACCGCCAGGCAGGAUUAGUGGCAGGAACUGAGAAAACAGAACCUCACAGAGCACGAAGGGGACCGUCCCCCAGUCACAGGAGCGUCUCAAGGAAGCAGUCUUCCCCCAGUUUCCCCAAAGAUAGGUACCAGAGGGUCAGUCCGCUGAGCCCUUCUCAGUGCAGAAAAGACAAGUGUCAGAGCUUCCCGUCUCACCCUGAGUUCGCCUUCUAUGACAAUACCUCAUUUGGCCUCACAGAGGCCGAGCAGAGGAUGCUGGAUCUCCCAGGAUACUUUGGCUCCAAUGAAGAGGAUGAAACCACGAGCACACUUAGUGUGGAGAAGCUGGUGAUCUAGACCAAGAAUCUGCCGGGAACUUUACCACCGCAGUCCCUUGCCCAGGCUCACGUUUUCCCUGUGAACUGCUUUGUGUAACUGUUUGUGUAAUAGGACUGUGUGGGAAGUUGCUCACUCAGAUGCGUGUAUGCAUGCGUUUUAGUUCAUAAGGAAAAAGGUAUUUAUCCUGAACUUUCCCUUUUGUUACCCUUUUUCUAUUCGCUUAGUAAUACAAAUAAAAUUUAAAGAAAGGCAAAUAGGGUUUGGUUUGCGGAUGGAAUUGAAAGAGAAUGUGAAUUGUGAGGAUGAGGCACCUUGAACACUGUUUCCAAUGUGGAACAGAUAUAUGGAAGCCUCAACUAGUAAGAGGAGCUGGGGAGCUGGGACAAAGU